AUGUUCAAAGAGAUCGGCCCAUGCUACGUCAACGCCGACGGCAACUUGACGAGCCGAAGAGAGAUGUCCUGGACCAACAGGGCCAAUGUGCUCUUCAUCGACCAACCCAUCGGUAUCGGCUUCUCCGCCCUGGCCAACCGGUCAGCAGCCGCGACUAACCUCCACGCCGGUGCUCGCGACCUGCAUGCCUUUCUCACGACCUUCACGGCCUCCGUGUUUCCUGAGCUGGCGCAUAGACCCUGGCACUUCGCUGGGGAGUCGAUGGGUGGGCAUUGGACGACGGGCUACGCGCAGUACAUCCUGUCGCGGCAGCAGGAAGAAGGCGGUAUUGGCGAUCUCAGCCUCAAUAUCGAAACAAUUAUUGCUGUUAGCGCCUACAUCGACAGUUCGCGGACAGACGUGGGCCUAUACGACUUCUUUUGUGAUGAGGAGGGCGGGCAACACUCGCUCAUGAACGAGACAGCGUGUGCGGCUAUGGCGGCGGCGGUGCCUGAGUGUGAGCGCCUAGGCGCUUUGUGUCGCGACACAUACGACCGGAAUGUAUGCGCUGUGGCGGCGCGAGAGUGCACGGCUGGCGUAGGCAAAUACUUCUGGGACGGCGUGCGACCGGGAGGGUGGGAUCCAUACGAUAGCCGGAAUAAGUGUACCGAGCCGCCGUUGUGCUCUGAUCUUAACGGCGGUCCUGCCGCGGUGUAUCUGAAUCAACCGUGGGUGCAGGAGCGGUUGGGGUUCUCGCAGUGGCCGUUUGAGCUCAUUGACUUCGAUCUGAAUGAGCGUUGGACGCUGGAAAAACAUGUUUUCGUCCCUACUACACGAGAACUGACGUGGUUGCUCGACAACACUGACGUUCGGGUCUUGUUUGUUAACGGUAACAAUGACAUCAUAGUUAACACGCCGGGACAGCUCCGCUUGCUUGAUGAACAGCCCUGGAAGCGGCAAGCCUGGUUCAGAAACCAGCGUCUCCACGAGUGGUACCAUAGCAGUGGUAAGCUGAAUGAAAGUUUUGGUACUAAGGGCGGGAAGUGGAAAGGCAACUACCGCUUGAGCAUCUUUACCGUUGACGAAGCCGGCCACAUGUCACCGGCAGAUCAGCCGACAGCUCUAGAGGCGGUAGUUGGCAGCUGGAUUUCGCGUGACUGGUACCGAAGUUGGCUUAGCUCUGACUAA